AAAAAACAGCUGACAGUUGAAUUUGUUAUUGUUGGAUUUAAUUUGGAUUGUUUGUUGUUUUAUUUAUCAAAAUAAACUUUAAACUUGAUUUACUAGUAAAUAAUCAUCGAUGAAUGCUCACGCGGAGAAACUAACAAAACCGAAAAACAUGGCGGAAGAGCUGAACGGAGUCGCUGUUGUGAUUAUUAUAGGCUUAGGAGUCCUAACAGUGAUUCUGUUAUUCCUUUUUGCAAAAAGACAAAUUAUGAGAUUCACUUUGAGAUCUAGAAGAGGACCGCACGUUCCAAUAGGACACGACGGCCCAAAGACCCUAAAACGAGAAAUCGAAAGAAGGCUAGAUGCAAUACCUCGUAUAAUAUGUGAACCCAAGCUAAUUAACAACACCGACCCAAGAUACAUAUUAUUUCCUGGACAACAAAUUCCUACACAUUAUUAUCGCCUAAAAGCAGUGGAUGACGUUAAAAUUCUUGAAAACGAAAUUACAAAACAGGAUUCUUGUUUAGUAAGGCACCCCAGUGAAAACUUGAGAGCAUAUUUAUUAACAACCCUAGCGGCUCCUUUGAACGGUACAGGAUUAAGGUUGAUUCAUCAGUUUUGUGAUAUUUAUGAACACGCUAGACAUGAUCCAAGUCAUUUUGGUGAUGAGGAAUAUCAGCAAUAUAAUAGACUGUUAUUGAAGCUCGUUGAUGCUGCUAAGAUGCUGAAAUCUUACAACAGCAGAAAAUCAUCGCCAAACAGGACGCCUCAAAGAAAGCAACUGAUUGACAAAAGCAAAAAUAUGAAUUCAAAUUAUUCAACAGAAGAAGAAGUUCUGAGUGUCACAGAUUCAAGACCCACAACAUUGUCAGUACCACUCUCAGAUAAUGAAACAUCAGUAUAGUAACCACUUGUAGUAUGUUAGAAGACAUUGAUUAACAUCAUGUUCCAAGCUUUUUGUAUCCUGACCCUCAAACAGUAAGACAGUGUCAUCAGCAAAGGUUAUGUAUUUACACUGUGCUUUAAGUCUACCUUUGAUAAACUAUGUAUGUAUAGCAAAUAGAGCAGCGGCCCUAAAACAGAGCCCUGUGGGACGCCUGUAGUUGGUUUUUCUCGGUUGCUUUCCUUUUGAUUCACAAAUGUAUAUUGUUGUCUGUCAGUAAGAUAAGUUUUGAUAAGGUUAUGAACGAUACCUCUUAUUCCCAUACUGUAUAAUUUGUCCAGGAGAAUUGUAGUAUUAACAGUGUCAAAGGCUAUUUGAAGAUCUAUGAAGACUGCUAUUACAAAAUUAUGUUUGUCCAAUCUAGCAGAAAUAUACUCAAUUAAAUCUACUGCUGCUGCUUGUGUAUUGCUAGCUUUUCGAAAGCCAUAUUGUUGAGGGUCGAAUUUAAAUGAGUUUCAAUAAAAAUUUUAUUACUUUCUCUGUAUUUUUACUUUUGUUACCUGGUUCAUGCAGACUACCAGACUUGUGAAUCGGAAUAAUUUUGGCUAACUUUAGACAAUCGGGAUACUGACCAUCUGACAUCAUCUUAUUAAUUAAAUUAGCCAGAAUAAGAACUAGCAACUCUAUGUAUGUCUGUCGUUGUUAUCCCAUCUGUUCCAGGAGCUGAAUUUUUGUUUAAACUGUAUUAUUUGUGAUAAUUCUUUUCUAGUUCAUGGGUUGAAAAAAAUAGACUGAUCUUUAAUAACAGUUUAUUCAUAAACAACUGCUUUUUAACCUAUCGUCAAAAUUAUAGAAAAAUAAUUCGUGAAGCAAAAUCCUUAUUUUACUCGAAUCGUUUAAAUAACUCGCCAAAUAAACCGAAAGAGACAUGGCGCAUAGUUCGUGAACUAGCCGGGGAAAACACAUCCAAACCUAACCAAAUUGAUAUCGAACCAGAAGUUUUAAAUAAUUUCUACUGCUCUAUUGCAUCUAAUUUAACACAAACUAUAAAAACAGACAUCAAUCCCCUGCGAUAUCUAAAUAGUGUGCGUGUUCCUGAAACAUUUGAACUUAUACCAACAAAUAUCAAUGAACUUAAAACGGUGAUUCGAUCAAUUAAAAACCAAAACGCAGCAGGAUCUGAUGGUAUAUCUUCAAAAAUACUAAAAGAAUUGCCAGAUCAAGCCUUAAAAGUCAUAGCUAGUGCUAUAAAUAAAUCUUUUUCGGAGGUUACUUUUCCAUCUAGCCUUAAGGAAGCUCUAGUUGUUCCGAUACACAAAGAAGGUGAUACUAAGAAUCCAUCAAAUUAUCGGCCAAUAUCAUUACUAUCAACAAUCUCUAAAGUUAUCGAGAAACUGGUCAAAAAACGUAUGAUGGACUUCUUGACAGACCACAAUAUUUUUAACACCGCACAAUUUGGCUUUUUACCAAAGAAAAACACGCAUGAUGCUAUGCUUCGAAUAAUUCAGCAACUUUUCAAACACUAUAAUGAUGGGGAAGCUACUGCGGCAGUGUUCUGUGACUUCUCAAAGGCAUUUGACUGUGUUAGUCACGGGAUACUGCUGCAGAAGUUAGAGGUGUAUGGUUUUGCGGGAAAUGUCUUGAGAUGGUUUUGCUCGUUUCUAACUAACAGAACACAAAGUGUCUCAGCCAACAGCAAGAGUUCCUCUAAACAAUCUAUUGACUUUGGUGUACCACAAGACAAGGCUCAGUUUUAGGUCCAAUUUUGUUCCUUAUUUAUGUCAAUGAUCUUUUGCACCUUGAUAUAUCCGGAGUUAUUGCUACUUUUGCCGACGAUGCCACAAUUACCUGGCACAAAAAAGACACAGAUGAUCUAAUCGAGACUAUAUCUAGAGACGUUGGAUUAAUUAAACAGUGGUGUGAUGCGAACGGUCUACUAUUCAACUUUAACAAAACUCAGGUACUUGGAUUCCGGUGUAACAUAGAUGAUAUAGCAUUUGACCACUUUUCCAUCAAGAGUACUUUGUCUGCCAAAUUUCUUGGCCUACGCAUAGAUGCUGACCUAAAGUUUCAAAAUCACAUAAUCUCUCUUAACAAAAAAUUAGCAUCUGGGUGUUAUUGCAUCAGGACAGUUGCUGAAAACCUAGGUACACCUGUAGCAAGAACAACAUACUAUUGUCGCGGCUUUGGGUUGCCUGCUGACAAAAAUCUUGGGUUCGUUGUUCGUUCCGUUUAUUCCAAAAAUCAAAGUCCAAUUAACACAGCAAUAAUUUAUUCCACUUAAAAAAACACUCUGACACUAAUUACUUUAUUAACAAACUCAACAAUUAAACUCUUUACAAUCACUAUUUAAAUCGUAUCACAGUCGAACUGAAACUUAAACUUACAAGCUAAAACCCGUCCUUAUAUAUUGCCGUAAUUUAUUCACGUAAAUUCGGGAAGAACCGCGUUCGACCUUGUUUUUGAACAUCGGCGUAAAAUCUAGAAUCCGCUACACAUGGGCGGCUCGUUACCGUUACACUGCCCUCCUCUUAAGGUUGAUCGUCCCGAUCAACUUCACGCCCAUGAUAUUUCGUCAACCUGUCCAGAUGUACAACUUUCAUUUUACUCCUGGUGUUGCGUUGAACUCGAUAAACCAAAUCAUUGAUCCUCUUGAUUAUUUUGUAGGGUCCCUCCCACGCUGAAGACAACUUCGGCGAUACUCCUUUCUUUCUAGCUGGAUUAUACAGCCACACUAAAUCACCUUCUUGAAAUCCGGCUGAAUUGGCUUUCAUGUCGUAUCUGGUCUUCAUCCGGUCACUGGCUAGCUGAAUAUGCUCCCGAGCAAAAUCAUGGAUAUCCAGAAGUCGUGCCCUUACUUCGUCGGCAUAAUCUCGGAUUUCUCUCCGUUCUUCUUCAGGUAUCCCAAACAUCAAAUCGCAAGGUAACCUGAGUUCUCUUCCAAAGACGAUUCUGGCUGGACUUUCACCUGUUGACUCGUGAACAGCUGCUCUAUAAGCCAUUAAAAACAGAGGCAAGUGUUUGUCCCAAUCACGCUGGUUCCUUGCGACCACUUUUGUUAGAUGCUCCUCUAUGGUCUUAUUAAAUCGUUCUACCAUGCCAUCAGACUGUGGAUGUAAAGGUGUUGUCCUGGUCUUACGGAUUCCCAUGAUCUCACAAAUGUUCUUAAAGAUGGCAGAUUCGAAGUUACGUCCUUGGUCUGAAUGUAACUCUAGUGGCACACCAUGACGACUAAAAACUUCGUCCACUAGCACCUGGGCAACAGUGAUGGCUUCUUGAUUGGGAAUAGCAAAAACUUCUGGCCAUUUACUGAAGUAAUCCAUGAUAACUAAGAUGUAUUUGUUACCACGCUCUGACUCUGGGAACGGUCCUGCUACAUCUAUCGCUAUUCUCUCAAAUGGAAGACCAACGUUGUACUGUUUCAUGGGCCCUCGAGAUCUUAGUUUAGGGCCUUUACUGGUAGCACAGAUGUCGCAUUUUCGGCACCAUCUUUUAACGUUUUCAUGGUAGUGAACCCAGUAAAAACGUUCCCGAAUUUUGUCCAAAGUCUUGUUAACUCCGAAAUGUGCCCCUGAGGUUCCGUCGUGUAUUUCUUUUAAUACAUCUUCCACUCGGUCUUUUGGGAUAACCAGUUGGCUCUUAGUGGAUUUCCCAUCGGCACUUUCCCAAACUCUUUUGAGCAAACCAUUUUCUACGGCCAGAGAGUUCCACUGGGCCCACAACGCCUUGUAAAUCAAGCUUUUGUUUGACACUUCCCCCCAUUCUGGCCUACAUUCAUUAUUUUCUUUAAGAUGUAGAAUUUGCCCGAUGUCCUGGUCUGCCUCCUGAUCUUCUCUCAUUUGUUUGGUAGUCCAUUUGUCAUCGACGAUCAAGCCCGUUCUUCUUACAACUGGACUAGUGUUUUUCUCAUGUAUAUCGAUUCUUUGACAAUGCUUGCAAUCUUCUUUACAUGGCCGUCUAGACAGAGCGUCAGCAUUUUUAUGCAGGUUUCCAGGUCGAUGUUUAAUUUGGAAAUCGUAUUGCUGCAAUUUCUCAAUCCAUCUAGCAAGCUGUCCUUCAGGAGUUUUCAUUUCUAAAAGCCAUUUUAGAGCUGCGUGAUCUGUUCGAAUUAGAAACUUGCGUCCGUAGAGAUACUUAUGAAAAUGGUCGACUGCUUUUACUAUGGCAAGUAACUCUCUUCUGGUGACACAAUAAUUUCGUUCCGGCUUUGAUAAUGUUCUUCUGUAGUACUCCACGACAUGUUCUUGUGAAUUUUGGAUUUGUGAAAGGACAGCUCCAACACUGGUGUUACUUGCAUCUGUGUCCAAAAUCAACAUGCCUUUGUGAUCAGGAUAGGACAACACUGGGCUCGUACAUAAUGCUCCUUUCAAUCUUCUAAAUGCGGAAUCGCAUUCUUGGGUCCAAUUGAAUGUUGAUUUUUCUUCUGUUAAUCGAUGAAGUGGAGCAGCUAUAUUGGCGAAUCCUUCCACAAAUCUUCGAUAAUAAGAACAUAAUCCUAGAAAACUCCUUAGUUCAUGUUUGUCGCGUGGUUUUGGCCAGUCCCUGACAGCAUCUAUUUUUCCUUCCAUAACUUGUAUGCCCUCUUCAGAUACCACGUGACCUAAGAAUUCCACUUUCUUUUGAAAUAGGAAACACUUAUUUGGAUUGAGUUUCAAGUUAGCAUUCCGGAAGCGGUCAAAAACUUCUUUUAGGUUAUUGAGAUGUUCUUGGAACGAAUUUUCCAUAAUCAUGACAUCAUCCAUAUAUACCAGGCAAGUUCUCCAUGUAAGGCCUCGCAAAACAAGAUGCAUCAGUCGCUCAAACGUAGCUGGAGCAUUACACAAUCCGAAAGGCAUUACAUUAAACUGGUAUAGCCCGCUUCCGGUACUGAAGGCAGUUUUCUCUUUGUCAUCGUCAUGUAUUGCCACUUGCCAGUAUCCACUUUUGAGAUCCAAGGUGGAAAACCAUUUAGAGCCCGAUAGAGUUGUUAGUGUAUCGUCUAUUCUUGGAUGAGGGAAGCUGUCCUUCUUGGUGACGUCAUUAAGCUUUCGGUAGUCCACACAAAACCUAAGACUCCCAUCUUUCUUCGUAACCAAUACUACUGGCGCGGACCAUGGACUAUUUGACUCUUCAAUGACUCCCUCUUGAAGCAUUUUAUCAAUUUGGUUUUCCACUUCCUGUUGCUUAGCUAUUGGCAUACGUCGUGGUGGUUGUCUAAUUGGGUGUGCCAAUCCAGUAUCAAUUUUGUGUUGAAUUAAGCUGGUUCGUCCGGUUUGAUUGUCCAUCACAAAUACAUCAGCUUCUUUCAAAAUGAAAUCCGUGGCUUCUUGAAGUCUAUCUGGAUCGAGAUGUUUCCAUGAUUUCGCCAAGGUCUGCAUCAAGGUAUCUGUAUUUAAUUUGGAUUUCACAAAAUGUCGCUUAUCUGGUAGGUCACAGUUCGAUAUUUGCUUCACUGGUUCGAGAGCUCCAAUAAUGUCUCCUUCUUUUAUUCUUACUGUUUCGGAAGAAACAUUGGCAAUUCUUAUCAUAAUGUCUCCAUUUGUUCUUACUAGAGUCUUUCCAACAAGAAAUCUUUCUGGUUUAUCUCCAAUGAAAUUACGUGUUAGCCCAACGCAGCACCCAGGGUUUGUUUCCAAUCUUCCGCAAAUGAUCUUCUCAGUACUUCCAGGAAUCCUCACUGGGGUUGUGGCCAAGAUCUUAACGGCAUCGGAUUCUUCUUGUGUUGUUAGGACAAUUUCUUCAUUACCAAAUUUAAGGAUGUUCAUGGAAGGAUCAAAAGAGAAACCAUGUUGGCCGAUCAAAUCCAUUCCCAAAAUAAAAUCAUCUUCUAUAUCGGCUACUAGUGUUCUGUGCCUGAAGGUGGAAGAUCCAAAAGUGAGCUCAACCAUCGCUUCUCCUUGAACUGGUGCAGAUUCGCCGGUGACUGUUCGUAGUGACAGGUUUCUAGUGAGCGGUUGGAUUGCUCGAGACUUGACUAAUGUUCUUUUAAUUAUGGAAACUUCAGCACCCGUAUCAAAAGUGAUAGUUUUCAAUUCUCCAUUAAUUUGUCCUUCGAAUGUUAAUCCUCUAUAAUGACUGCCCAAUGAUUUUAUGUAAACAACCCUGGGGGCUUCGUCAUUACUAACCAGCAUUCGCCCCUCCAUACUGGUUAGUUCUCGUUUCCCUGUCUGUUAUUAGGGCUGGCGUCUCUCGAUCUCGAAAAGCGUUGGAAACGAUCCCUUGAUAGAGAAGACAUCCUCACUCUACAAUCUCGUUGAAUAUGCCCAAGCUUAUGGCACCGGUAGCACUCUAUUCGGUUUCUCGGGGUUGGUGUUUGUCUGGAAUCGUUUCCCAUUUUUCUAUGUUCUUGUAACAGUUUCUCCAUUCUCUCCAUGAAAUUACUCAUUUUAGUUUCGAAGCUACUAUCCUCUUUUGACAACUGUUUAUCUUUUGGGUCUUCAAUGGACACUGCUCGUAUUCUGGGUCGUGAGGCACCAAAUAUUGCUUCCAGUUCUAAUGCUCGGACAAGGGCUUCGCUACUUUGUCUGAACUUGGACAUUCUUAGGUUUUCCUGGAUCUUCGAAUCUCUGAGACCAUCAAUAAACGCAGAUACUGCCAUCCAUUCCUGCAUGUCUUCCCCAGCUGCAGGAAACGCCAAACUCACUAGCCUUUUAACUUCCGAUUCAAAUUCUUGUAGACUCUCGCCGGGUUUUUGAACUCUUGAUUUAACUUGAGUUCUGAAAACUUCUUGUCUGUAAUGGUCUCCGAAGCGCAGUUCUAAAGUUUGACUAAGAUGCUGGUAAUUCUGUUGGUAGACUGAAGGAAUGGACUGAAGAAGGUCUAAGGCAGGUCCUCGUAGCGCCACUAUUAGUGCUGUAGCUUUUUCUUGGUCGUUCCAUCCGUUGGUAUUUGCAGCAGCUUCAAAUUGUCGAAUAUACAUGGUCCAGGACGUAGAACCGUCGAAAGUUGGUGGUUUUAUCUUCAUACUGGAGAAUGCUCCAACACUAGCUGGAUUUAUGGACUGUAUUUCUAAUCUACGCAUCUUAUCCUCGAGUGCUUGAACUUGGUCCUCAACUUCUUGUCUUAAUUGCUGAACAUCGUCUUUAACUUCUUGAAGAUCGGCUUUGACCUCAGCUUUUACUCCCUGAACGUCGUGUUUAACUUCUCUUACAUCGUCUUUAACUUCUUGAACAUCGAUUUUGACUUCAGUUUUUACUUCCUGGACGUCGUGUUUAACUUCUUGCACAUCUUCUUUAACUUUUUCAAUCUUCUGGUCUAAGUUAGCGACAGUUCCUUGUAUGGUUUGGAAUAUCUUCUGCAGUUUUGCAAGGUCUUCUUGUCGUUCUUGUUGUCGCCUAGCUUCUUCUUGUUGUCGUCUAGCUUCUUCUUGUUGUCGUCUAGCUUCUUCUUCUUCUUGUUUUUCUUUUUGUCGCCUGAGUUCUUCGUCUUGUUUUUCUUGUUGUCGUCUGGCUUCUUCGUCUUGUUUUUCUUGUAGUCGUCUGGCUUCUUCGUCCUGUUUUUCUUGUUGUCUUCUAGCUUCUUCGUCUUGUUUUUCUUGUUGUCGUCUGGCUUCUACGUCUUGUUUUUCUUGUAGUCGUCUGGCUUCUUCGUCUUUUUUUUCUUGUUGUCGUUUGGUCUCUUGAAGUUCCAACAUUUUGCGCAGGAGUUCUUCAACUUUUUGUUUGUCCAUUUUGGCUUGUUGUCUUGUGAUAGGCAUAUACAGAAUGUUCUAGAAUUUCCCUCGCACUUUCUUCAAAUAUCUUUUCUGGUCUGUGCUCGAAGUUCCAACACGCCGGUGAAGUCACAAAUUGGAUAACUUGCUUUAUUCGCGAAUAGAAUGUUCUGGAAUUUCCUUGAAAUUUAUUUUCUAGAUUUCGAUUGAUACAGCAAAAACGUCGGUGAAGUCACAAUUUCGAUAUCUCCCUUGGUUUCCAAAUAGAAUGUUCUAGAAUUUUCCCGAAAUUCCUCGAAAAACCUCUUCUGAAUGACGAUUGAUGUUCUGAAUACGUCGGCGAAGUCAUAAAUUCGAUAUCUCCCUUAGUUUCCAAAUAGAAUUUUCUAGAACUCACUCGAAGAUUCACUAUCACAGUCUAAAUCGGGUAUAGAGUCACUUCCAGGGUAAUUCACACGAUCGGUUAAGUCUCUUUUUGUGAUUGUCACUGUUUGCACUGCACUAACUGUCCCAGUGUUCACUUAGUGUUCAGAUUUUAUACUACACUAGUGUCCCCGCACUUCCGUAAUUGGAUUUCACUCUGCAGUCUUUUAUAUCCCACUUCUUGGCACCAAUUGUCGCGGCUUUGGGUUGCCUGCUGACAAAAAUCUUGGGUUCGUUGUUCGUUCCGUUUAUCCCAAAAAUCAAAGUCCAAUUAACACAGCAAUAAUUUAUUCCACUUAAAAAAACACUCUGACACUAAUUACUUUAUUAACAAACUCAACAAUUAAACUCUUUACAAUCACUAUUUAAAUCGUAUCACAAUCGAACUGAAACUUAAACUUACAAGCUAAAACCCGUCCUUAUAUAUUGCCGUAAUUUAUUCACGUAAAUUCGGGAAGAACCGCGUUCGACCUUGUUUUUGAACAUCGGCGUAAAAUCUAGAAUCCGCUACACAUGGGCGGCUCGUUACCGUUACACUAUGCUGUAAUCCAUUCCCAUCUUUCCUACGGAUUACCAUUCUGGGGUUGUUGCAGUCAUUAUCUUGCUGAUUCAGUCUUCAAACUUCAAAAACGCGCCAUCCGUUUUAUGGCCAAGGCUCCUCUUAACUCCCAUUGCAGGCCUCUUUUCAUUACUCAUAAAAUACUUACCUUACCUUGCUUAUUUAUCCUGGAGACAGUAAGUCUAAUCCACAAAAAUAUUUCCAUAUUUCCUGCACAUCAAGCCAAUCGUCCUACUCGACAAAAUACUAAUAUACCUCUUCCGAUUCCUCAUUCAACUCUCGUUAAAAAAUCCAUUAUCUAUGAUAGCAUUAAAAUUUACAAUCAUCUUCCUUCAUUUUUAAAGCAAAUCUCUGACCUCUCAAAGUUCAGAAAAACAGUUGAAGAUGCACUGCUGUUGCAGGCAUUUUAUUCAACUGAUGAGUACUUUAAUGUGUCCUUAUAAAAAAAAAAAAACACCUAAGUAGGUAGCCCUUUUCAUUAUGAUUCUCUUUUUUACUCGACUAGACCUAUUCUGAUCAGUUACUUUUAUACUUUUCUUUGCUGCCUUCAAAAUUCCUAAUUUAGGUACCUACACCAAAUUUUUAGGAUUACUCUGUUUCUGUCGAUAUUUUUGUAGUAUUUAAUGUCUGUUAUAGUGCGUUCUUUAUUUUAUUUUUGUAUGGCUCUGUUCAUUGCUUAUUUUUGUGAUGAUAAUGUUAAUUGUUCCUAACGUUGAAAUGGCCAAAAAAUUUACAAUCUCACACUACCACAUAGUAAUAUUGGAUAAUGCUUUUGUUGUAAUAACUUGUUUCAUGUACCUUACUUUUAAUGUUUCGGUUAACUUACCAGGCUUUCUUUAUUUAUAGAUCAACCCAUGCACUUAUUUUUAAGGAUUUAGAAUUAAGUUAUAGGUUUGUCAAUAAGUUUAUUUUAACUUGGACAAUAAAGCAUGUUUUCUUUCUUUCUUUCUUUCUUUCUUGGUGUUCUUCUGGAAAUUCGUCAUCGAAACAUAUGUGUGUGUAAAGCUGUCUUUGUUGCACAACUUCUUGACCAAUAUUGCUUCCUAUGUGUCUAAAGUAGAUGUUCAAAUUAUUUGCUGAUCUUCAUUGAUUUUUUUGCCAUUAAUUAAUAGGUGAUCAAUAUGGUUUGUUUCAUCAUGCCUUGCAUAAUUAUUCGAAAUAACGCUUUUCACAACCUGCCAUGUUUUCCUUAUAUUUCCACGAGCAAUU